UUAAUUUUUGAGAUGUAGCUCUGUGUUGUCUUUAUAUAGCGUUGUAUUGCCUUUAUGUAGCUCUAGGUUGUUUAUGUAGCUCUUUAUUGUCUUUAUGUAGCUCUGUGUUGUCUUUAUGUAAAACAAAGCCCUGUCUUUGUUUUAUGUAGCACCAUGAUCCUGGAGAAACGUCUCAUUUGGUUGAAUGUAUAUGGUUGAAAUGACAAUAAAAGCUUCUUGACUUGACUUUUGCUGUUUUUAUGUAGCUCUAUGUUGUCUUUAUGUAGCUCUGUGUUGUCUUUAUGUAGCUGUGCUGUUUUUAUGUAGCUCUGCAUUGUCUUUAUGCAGCGCUAUGUUGUUUUUAUGUAGCUCUGUGUUGUCUUAAUGCAGCGCUGUGUUGUUUUUAUGUAGCUUUGUGUUGUCUUUAUGUAGCUCUGUUUUGUCUUAAUGCAGCGCUGUGUUGCUUUUAUGUAGCUCUGUGUUGUCUUUAUGUAGCUCUGUGUUAUCUUUAUGCAGCGCUGUGUUGUUUUUAUGUAGCUCUGUGUUUUUUCUUUAUGUAGCUUUGUGUAUUUACAUAGCUCUAUGUUGUCUUGUAGCUCUAUGCUCUCUUUAUCUUGUACUGUGUUGUUUUUAUGUAGCUCUGUGUUGCCUCUGUGUUGUAUAUGUAGCCCUUUAUUGUCUUUAUGUAGCUCUGUGUUGUCUUUAUGUAGCUCUAUGUUGUUUAUGUAGCUCUUUAUUGUCUUUAUGUAGCUCUGUGUUGUCUUUAUGUAGCUCUGUGUUGUCUUUAUGUAGCUGUGCUGUUUUUAUGUAGCUCUGUGUUGUCUUUAUGCAGUGCUGUGUUGUUUUUAUGUAGCUCUGUGUUGUCUUUAUGCAGUGCUGUGUUGUUUUUAUGUAGCUCUGUGUUGUCUUUAUGCAGCGCUGUUGUUUUUAUGUAGCUCUGUGUUGUCUUUAUGCAGUGCUGUGUUGUUUUUAUGUAGCUCUGUGUUGUCUUUAUGCAGCACUGUGUUGUUUCUAUGUAGCUCUGUGUUGUCUUCAGAGAUGGGGGACUCGAGUCAUAUGACUUGACUCGAGUCAGACUUAAGUCACAAAUUUGAGACUUGAAACUUGCUUGACAAAUAUUAAAAAAGACUCGACUUGACUUUGACUUGACAUUCAUGACUUGAGACUUGACUCGGACUUGAGAUAAAUGACUCAGAGUUGGGGGACUCGACUUGACUCGAGUCAGACUUAAGUCGCAAAUUUGAGAUUUCCGACUUGCUUGGCAAAUAUUAAAAAAAGACUUGACUUAACUUUGACUUGACAUUCAUAACUUGAGACUUACUUGUGACUUGCACAUGUGUGACUUACUCCCACCUCUGGUUGUCUUUAUGUAGCUCUGUGUUGUCUUUAUUUAGCUCUGUGUUGUCUUUAUGCAGCACUGUGUUGUUUUUAUUUAGCUCUGCGUUGUCUUUAUGUAGCUCUGUGUUGUCUUUAUGCAGAGCUGUGUUGUUUAUGUAGCACUGUGUUGUUUAUGUAGUUCUGUGUUGUCUUGUAGCACUAUGUUGUCUUUAUGCUGCUCUAUGUAGACUUUUGUAGCUCUAUGUUGUCUUUAUGUAACCCUAUGUUGUCUUUAAAUAUUUCUGUGUUGCCUUUAUUUAGCUGUGUUGUCUUUAUGUAGCUCUGUGUUAUUUUAUGUAGCUUCAUGGUUCCAGGAGAAACAUUGCUUUAAUUCACAAUAAAAACUUAAUGACUUGACUUGAGAGAGAUGAUUCACAGUCAUCCACAGCGAGAGAGAAAAUCUGCAGAUUUGAUUAUUUGGCUCAGUGAGUUUUUCCAAUGUCAAUGGUCCACAUUUCCAUCUUGGAUUAUCAUGGAAGACUCUAUUGACAUCAUACUUCAGGACAAAAAGUUACAUCAUGCUUAUGAUAAGCCGAUAUUCAUGGCUGCCUCUGGAGCUAUGCUUAUGGCCUCUUACGGACUUUGGAGAGUUUUUGCUCUCCCUGGUUUUCGAAAAGUGCCAACAAGUCUAAAGGUGCCGUUCUUGCCCUCAAGCAGGGUGCAAACACACAACAUUAUGAAGCUUCUGCAAGGCAGAAGAGGCUGUCUGGCAGAUCUGGGUUCUGGAGAUGGAAGACUGGUGUUUGCUGCCUCGUCAUUGGGCUUCCAGUGUACCGGUUUUGAAAUAAACUCCAUUUUGAUUGGCUAUGCAAGAGCCAGAGCAAGGUGGAUGGGACUUCCAAAUUCUACAGCAAGAUUUGUGAAUGAGGAUUUCUGGAAGACUGAUUUGUCCCGAUAUAAGAAUUUGACAGUCUUCUUGGCACCUGGAGUGAUGGAAGUACUAGGCAGGAAGUUAGAGCAGGAGUUGGAUCAUGAUGCCAGGGUGAUCGCCUGUCGUUUCCCAUUCCCUCACUGGCAUGCUUCAGCAUCAGAGGGAGAAGGACUGGACCAGGCCUGGGCCUACGACAUGGCUACAGUUCGCAGACUCCCAUGAGCAUGAGCUCCAACAAAUCACUGCAAGCCUUUUUUUCACUACUGCCAAAUGGAUAUUUUAAAACCCACAGCAAUUAUUCAAUUUAAGUGAAAUGUUAUAUUAACUUUAGUGACCAUAACAUAUAUUUUUAAUCGAGUAAAAGUGAAAGUAUUAGAUUUUGCAUAAUAAAAAAAGUUGGAAUGCUUUAUUUUAAAUACUGUAUAUACGGCACAAUGAGAAAACCUGUCAGAAGUAGCUAAAUUCUGGGAAAUAUUUCAAAAAGUAUGAAAAUUGCCGUUUCAACAAAUUCAUAUUUUGUUUCCUGCCAGAAUUGUACUUUGACAUCUUUAUUUAAGAAAACAGAAAUAAAUGUACGUAACAAAUCUUUUA